CAAUAAUUAAUUAUGGGUAAGAAUAAUAGGCACAUGAAACAUUUAAAGUCUGAAAAGGCAAAAGUGAAAUUGAAAGCGAAGAAAGCAAAGCCAUUACCAAAGGGAUUAAAUGUCACUGAUCCGACGUUCAAAGUUAAAAAGAUCGUAAUACGUGAACAAUUGAAACAUCAUGAUGACACGGAAAUUCUUAGUAAAAGAAAACUUAAUGUUAAAGAUUUACUAUCACGUCUUCAACAUUAUAAUUCAACAGUUCGACAAGAUGCUGUGAGAGAACUAAAAGAAAUUUUGUCACAGCAUUCUUUGGACUUAUUGAGUUCACAGUUUGGAUCUCUGUUGCAAGGCAUUUGUGCAUUAUCUCUUGAUAAAGAGAGAAACAUAAGACAUGACUCCUUCAAAGUUUUGAGUUUAAUACUUGGUCCAGUAUCUAAUGAUCAACUGAAUCCAUAUUGUGAUGUUUUGAUUUCAUAUUUAAGAUGUGCUAUGACACAUAUAGACCCUCGCAUUAAAGAAGAUGCUUUACUCUUUUUGGAUGUACUUGUACAAAAUUGUGGUAAUGUCUUGGCUAGAAACAGCAAUAAAGUGCUGCCAAAUUUUUUAAACAUGAUCUCUAGAUUGCACACUGAAAUGAAACCUGGAAGACAAUUAAUAACAACUUUAAAUUCCAAAAAUACUACUGUUAAAUGGAGGAUAAAAGUAUUGGAAAGGCUUGCCACUAUGUUCAGGUCUAUCGUUAGCUUUUAUAAAUCACAGCAAACUAUUGGCUUAAAUGUGACUGGACAAGUUGUACAUAUAGACAAAAAUACUAGAUAUGUUCCUAUUUACUUAAAUACAAAUUUUCAAAACUUUGAAAUUGAUUUUGAACAAAAUGAUAUUCUAAAAGAAAAUGCUGUUGAACAAAGUCUAGAUGCAGAAGAGCUUAUGAAAUAUGUUGAAUCAUUAAUGCCUCUCAUAUUUGAUAGUUGGAUGGAAGUUUGCCCAGAUGACAAAAAUGUAGAUAAUUCUGCACUUCUGAUUUCUGCUGAAGCAUUAGAAUUAUUGAAAAGUGCUGUAGAAAUUAUACAGUUAAUAAUUGAAUGUAUAGAUAUAUUGCACACUGAAUGCGAUAUAAACUUGAAAUAUUGGUUUAAAAACAAUUUUCAGAACAUUUUCAUACAAAAUUUACUUACAAAAUUUCCUUACACUAAGUUAGGUGCUACACUGAGCUUGCUCUCCUCAGCACGAAACAGAAAACGUCAAGAAGACUUUUCUGUGGAUGAGACAUAUGAUGCCUGCUUAGAACAAAAUCUAGGACUUUGUCAGAUUUAUAUAUGGUUUACAUCAAUACAUAGUGAUGAUAAGGUUGCAUCUAAAAUAAAUCAAGAUUAUUGUACAUCCGUAAUUAAGUAUUUAAAUGAAAAAAUUGAAAAUUGGUCAAAUAUAAAUAAUGUUGCCUUAUCACAGCUGAUCAAGCUUUUGAGAACAUUAUUCUUGAAAGCAAGUAAAGUUUGGUAUAGAAAUCAUCUUGAUCUCAAUGAAACUUUACAAGCUGUUGUAGAUGCAUGUUGUAAUCAAUCAAAGAAAGAAAUGCAAUUACAAUUAUUUUCUCUCAUUAGUGAUAUUAUGUUAGAUCAUACUUUACAUGAAUUACACAGGGAAGAUGCAUUUAAGGAGUUCAUAUCAACUGUACCCAAUCUUCUUUUAAAGCCAAAAAUACAUGACAAUACAAUAAAAAUAAUAAACAAAGUCGUGCUGCGGUACAGAAAUUGGAUUCAGAAACAACUUGUAGCAAAUUACAAUGACAUCAUAGAAAAUGCUAAAAAAAUCGAAAUUCUCGGAUCAGAAGAUGAGAAAAAAUCCCGCCUUAUGAUAUGUAAUUUGUUUUAUUUCUUAGAUGCACAAAUUUUUUAUUAAGUCGGAUGUAUUUUUUAUAAUAAAUAUAAGUGUUACA